AUGUCUGACGAUCUAUUAGUCUCAAAUUUGUUCUCGGUAAAGGAUAAAGUAGCGUUAAUUACAGGUGGAGGUACUGGAAUUGGUAAAAUGAUUGCAAAAGCAUUCGUGAAGAAUGGUGCAAUAGUUUAUAUCGCUUCAAGGAAUAAAACAGCUGUUUCAAGGGAUAAAACGAACCUUGAUAACGUUGCAAAUGAAUUAACAGAAAUGGGUUCCGGAAAAUGUUUUAGUAUUGAAGCGAAUUUGGAUUCAAAAGCUGCUUGCGAAAAAUUGGUGACUGAUUUCAAAAAUUUAGGAAAUGAUAAACUCGAUAUUCUUGUGAAUAAUUCUGCUAUUUGGCAUGAGUCUGAUUUGACAGAUAUUCCUGAAGAUGCAUGGGAUAAAGUCUAUAGCUUAAAUGUUAAAUGUGUUUUCUAUUUAACGAUGGCUUUUUUACCAUUACUCGAAAAGGCCAGUAAAAAACUGGUUGAUCCAUCAAGAGUUAUCGUAACCGGAAGCAUUCUUGGUAUCGGUGAGGGUGAGCUCAAAGUAAUGCAAGCAGUUGGAUUAUCUUCCCUACCUUAUAAUUCAUCCAAAUCUGCCGUACAUAGCGUUUCAAAGAAUUUAGCUGUGCAUCUUACUCCACGAGGAAUAAAUGUAAAUGUCUUGGUUCCUGGUAUAACUCCUGUAACGUCUAGAUCAGCUGAUCUUGAUGAUAUAAGUCUUGGUGAUAUUCCUCAGGGUCGUUUUGGAGGUGAGUUAGACAUGGCUGGAGCGGUAUUAUACUUAGCUUCGCGUGCUGGCAGUUGGGUAUCUGGCAUUGAGCUUGUAGUCGAUGGUGGAACUCUUUUACAAUAUAGAUUAACGGAUGUACAAAGAAUUGCAUUGCCCAAAUAA